GGUCCACCAGCCUCUCAGCUAAUGACAAGGCUUCUGCUGGCCUGUGUCUUAUUAGACCUGCCUCCCUCCCCUCCUGUGCAGGAAUAGCUCCGGCCAAAUGAAGGCCCCAAAGCCUCGCUGGCCAAAAUGUAACAGUUCAUUUACUCCUCCCAAACAUUCUCCCAGUCAAGGAACAAAAAGCCUUUGAAAGGCCAGCCAAGAUGCUUAGUGGUUGAUAGGAAUGCCAUUUAGGUCAAGGAGGGCUCCACUGCUUUAUGUUUGAUUUAUUGUCUCCUUCAUAUAGGAAGAUAACAGCGACAUAUGUGUGUGAGACGCGAUCCAGCACAUUGCAAUUCAGGAAUUUCAACUCGGUCAACCCAUAAUUUUAGUCGUCUACGUUUCUGAAUAUCCUCAGAGCAAUUAUCUAAAGUGAGCCCUGACGGCUGUUAUGUAAGUCACAUACAGUUACUUCUGUUUUCAGUUCCUUUGUCUUCAGCUCAGAAGACAUGAAGUAUGAUAAUGCGAUUUGAGAGUCGAAUCAUGAGCUUGGCAGACUCGACUGGCAAAGUGCAGCACAGCAUCAGUUACAGGAGGGAUGUAACUUUUUAACAAGAAGUCGAGGCCUCUGGAUCUAACCUCUCUUUAUUCUGGCAGACAACGUGAUGCAAGCUUCCUGACUUUGAAAGGAAAGCUGCAUGUACCAGUCUGAAUGUUCGAAACCGCCUGAUGAUUGCAUUAGGUCUGAAAAUCAGGGCAGGGAAAAGUUUGAUUACAUGAACCCUGAAGUCUUCAACUUUCAUUACUGUCGUAAAUCCCUUAAUAGGCCAAUGUGCUCACGCAUCCGAAGUGUAGUCACAAACCAAUAAACAUAAAUUCACACUGAGUGAGGUUUGCGUAAGACGGACGUUUAUCACAUAUCGGAUUAAACAGAAGAGAGAGCAAAGUACCGCCAUCACAGAAAGGUGCAUUAUGUGUCUCCGAUUCUUUGUUUCCUGUUGUUUGUUUGCUUUUAUUGUUUUUUGGAUAAAGAACAGAUUCUGCAGUGUUAAAUGCAUUCAGCAGACUGUAUGCAUGUUUUAAUUUAGUGAAGUAAUGCACUGCUAAAACGGGCUUUUAUGGGUUUUAUGUGCGUUUGUGGAUCGUGCCACGUGUUCGUCCUACUGUGCCGGAGCUGACACGGUAUGUGCACGUUCACAGCAAGCCUGUCUGCCCGACUGGGCCUUGGCCACAGAACUGUUUUUACAAGUGUUGAAGUCCCUGCUCCAUUGCUCUGCAGCCCAACCAUAUAACCAGGCUCUUUUCCUGAUCUCGCCUGCUACCGGGUGUCACCGGCGUCCCCAAAUUUCUUUAUCUUUUCUCAUCCUCCCUCCACAGGCCUCAUGCCUCACCCCGUCCUUAAAAAAAUAUACAUCGGUGGCUGCUGGCUGCUCUGCCACUGAAUUCUCUGUGCCUCAUUUACGCCGGGCAUCCCCUCUUGCUCGUGGGUUUGUUGGAGGCCAUCUCUUAGACCCUGCGUGCUGCUGCCGAUUGCCUCAGUGCCAGUGGGGUUUUUCCACCAACACUUGGCUGUCUUGGCUCUAACGCCAACAGCAGACUGCUUUCUGCAGUAACAUACUGUAAUGCACCUCAUACCCUUUGUGUCUAUGAAAGAGGAGAAACCAGGCGUGUGGAUUUGCUUCUGCUGCUGUGCUGUCUGUUCUGCAGGGAGGACACUUGGCUCCCGUGGGACCGCUCAGUGAGGUGACCUUGGUAGAAUGACAGGGAGUGAAGAGUAGAGUGGCAGUGUACCUACAGUAACUGUCUGAGAGUGCAAUCAGAAGGCACAAAGGAGGGACCCACGUGCAUGGACAAGAAUCACGGCUGUGCACACAUCUGCAGGGAAACACAGAAGGGUGGCAUCUCCUGCGAAUGCCGACCUGGAUUCCAGCUCACCCGUAACAUGAAGGACUGCAAAUUGACGUGCAACUAUGGCAACGGGGGCUGCCAGCACAUCUGCGAAGAGACUGACCAUGGCCCCAAGUGUUCGUGCCACAUGAAGUUCGUCCUGCACAGCGACGGAAAGACUUGUGUAGGGGAGAGGAGUGUCCCGUCCCAGGCAGCGCCUCAGCUGUUCCCCAAUGAGACCUGUGCAGUGAACAAUGGCGGCUGCGAUAGCACAUGUCACGAUUCGGUGACAGGAGUCCGCUGCAGCUGUCCCGUUGGCUUCACACUGCAGCCGGACCGCAAGACCUGCAAAGACAUUGACGAGUGCCGUCUCAACAACGGGGGGUGUGAUCACGUGUGUCGGAACACAGUGGGCAGCUUCGAGUGCAGCUGCAAGAAAGGCUACAAGCUGCUGACCAACGAGAGAACCUGUCAAGACAUUGACGAGUGCUCUUUUGAUCGAGCCUGCGACCACUCCUGUGUCAACUCUGCCGGCAGCUUCCAGUGCCUCUGUCACAAAGGCUACGUCCUGUACGGCCUGGCCCACUGUGGAGACAUUGAUGAAUGCAGUAUAAAUCGCGGAGGUUGUAAAUACAGCUGCAUAAACACACUGGGGAGCUAUGAGUGUACCUGUCCUCCAGGCUACAAGCUGCACUGGAAUAAGAAAGACUGUAUUGAGCUAGUGAAGUGUCCUCCUGGACUGGUGGCACCAAAGGCCACUCUGACCUGCAGCAAGACGGGCAAGAAGGAGAGCUGCUCCCUCACCUGCGCCUCCAAAGCCCACUAUCUAGCAGAGUCUGACAACAGCUACUCAGUCAGCUGUGGGAUCCCUAUUCUCAGAGGGAAGUCUCCUGCCAGGCUCAACUCCAGCAGCAGCCAGAGCUGCAUAGAGACUUUGGCUCCUCCAGUGAAGCAGACGGCUUCUUUCAAGAUUAAAAAUGCCAAAUGCCACCUGCACCCAAAACUGUCUGGCCGUACUGAGGACAGAGGUCGAACACUAGGCCCCGGCGGUGGGCAGCCAUGCAGCAACUGCCUGGUGACGUUCGUCAACCUCAAAUGUGACUCCUCCAAGAAAGCCAAAGGGCGACGCGCACGAAACCCAGCCAACAAAGAAGUAACGCGCAUCACGUUGGAGCUGGAAGCUGAGGUCAAACCUGGAGACACCACAGGCAGUUGCAACCUCAGCUGCCUGAGACAGCGCAUGGAGAAGCAGGUCAAGACUUAUAUCAAGGCCCUGAAGAAGUCCAUCAACCAGGAGCGCUUCCUGAUCCGGGUCGCUGGUCUGGAGUACGAGGUUGCCCAAAAGCUCCCUCAGGCUGCUCCCAUUCAGGAGAAUUGUGGCCCGGGCUGGGAGCGGGACAGUGGCCGAUGUGUCAGAUGCCUGUCGGGGUCUUACUAUCACGGCGAGCAGGAGCGCUGUGUCCCAUGUCCACCCGGCACCUUCCAGGAGAAGGAGGGGCAGCUGGCCUGUGACCUGUGUCCUGGCAGUGACGGACACGGGCCUGUCGGGGCACGAAACAUCUCCUCGUGUGCAGGCCAGUGUCCGACCGGGUCCUUCUCCAGCGAUGGGUUCAAACCCUGCCAGCCGUGCCCACAGGGGAGCUACCAGCCAGACUUGGGACGGACCCUGUGCUUCCCCUGUGGGGGAGGCCUGAGCACCAAGCGGGAAGGCGCCAGUUCUUUUCAUGACUGUGAAGUCAAAGUUCAGUGUUCUCCAGGCCACUACUACAAUACUACGGUGCACAGGUGCAUCCGUUGCCCAGUGGGCACCUACCAGACAGAGUUCAGACAGAACUACUGCAUUUCCUGCCCUGGGAACACCACCACUGACUUUGAUGGUGCCACGAGUGUCUCCCAAUGCAAGAACAGGCAAUGUGGUGGAGAGAUGGGUGAGUUCAUGGGUUACAUUGAGUCGCCUAACUAUCCCGGUAAUUACCCUGCUAAUGUGGAGUGUAUCUGGAACAUCAACCCACCCAGCAAGCGCAAGAUCCUCAUCGUGGUGCCGGAGAUUUUCCUGCCCUCGGAAGACGAGUGCGGUGACGUGUUGGUUAUGAGGAAGAACUGGUCCGCUACUUCCAUCACCACCUAUGAGACAUGUCAGACGUACGAGCGGCCCAUCGCCUUCACGGCUCGCUCCAGACGUCUCUGGAUUAACUUUAAGUCCAAUGAAGCCAACAGCGCCAGAGGGUUUCAGAUCCCCUACGUCACCUAUGAUGAGGAUUAUGAGCAGCUGGUGGAGGACAUAGUGCGAGAUGGACGACUGUACGCCUCAGAAAACCAUCAAGAGAUUCUCAAGGAUAAAAAGCUGAUUAAGACUCUGUUCGAUGUGCUGGCUCACCCCAACAACUACUUCAAGUACACCACUCGGGAGUCCAAUGAGAUGCUCCCUCGCUCCUUCAUUCGCCUCAUAAGCAGCAAAGUGUCAGCUUUCCUGCGGCCAUACAACUAAAGGGCACACGGCUGCUGAUGUUCUGGAUCGCGCCCCUCCCCGACGUCCCCGCCACCUUACAGACCACGCCACAUGACUUCCACAGGGCUUACUGUACGAAGGCACACCCUCUCUGAUUUUCACAUAGACUUUGACAAUACUAUGCAGGCCUGAGAAAUACUGAACGUUAAUUGUGUUUUAGGUUUUGUUGUGAGGUUCUUUUCAGUGCCGGUCUGCCGUCUCGAGCUUAAGCAUUUAGUGGGGAUGUAGAGUAUGUGAGUGGGUUUGGUUUCCAUUGUGUCAUGCAAUGAAACCACAGAACAAAACAACAGUAGAGACGCUAUUUCAGACGCUAGGAGUGACGUUUGGUGUGUGGUUAGAGCUUGUUGUGUUUGCUUAAAGGACUGACUGCACCCGUUAAGUAUGACUGUAAGUGUUGUUUCGUGUUGUGUGACCCGGGUCCAUCCUCAGUAGCUAUGUGCCGUCCGUGAGGAGGACCACCUGUUAAAUUCACAUGUUCCAGCUCAUUCCAAGCUUUACUGUAUUUGUGCUCUUAGAGCAGCGUCCAACUGUUAAAACAGUUUAAAUUUGCUCCAAAAUGCUCCAUUUGUUACAACCUUCCAUUCCUGUUGCUCUUUCUCGACUUAAAGCAAAUACACGGUGGAGAUGAUGUGAUGUUUAGUGGAACACGUCUCAGUGAGAUAGAGAGAAAUGAAUGUCUCGGAGGGACAUUAUGUUUGCUGCUUCUUACAAAAGGUCACUUUAAUUCUUCAGUCUCAUUGUCUUCCUCACCUCCUCUACACACUAAUAGUCUAAAGGGUCUAGCUCACAGUCUGAAGCUCUAUGAUGAUACACUCAUUGCCGUCUGUGGACCAUUUGAUCUUGUCCUGUAAAUAAUUGAAUACUGUAAGUUUGACUUCUUAAAUCCUGAUUUGAUGCCAGAAAUCCCUUGGUGUCCCUGCUGCCUGUCCAUAUUACAUCCAAAUCAGGUCUGUUCACACACCCACUCACAUCUGGUUUUAAUUAAGAAAGCUCCAAAAAGGUUAGGGUCACAUCUCGUGCACUAGACUUUGAACUCAUCAUCCUACCUUUUGUAGUGCAACGUGCAAUGAAUGGAAAUUCACACCAUAACUUUGUGACCCACAACAAAGCUUGUGAAAUUGUGAUAAAUACUAGUUACUAGAGGCGUCGUUGUUGUUAUUCAGAGGAAGUGUGAGAAAUGUUAAGUCUGUUAGAAUGUAAGGAAAUAUUUGAGUAUUUGAUGUGUAAAAACAUUUCAGAAAGCAACAACAAAAACAGGGUAAAGUUAUUUAAGUUUAGGAAGAAUACCUGUUGGGAUCUGCCAAAUAGUUGUGACUGAAAACACACUUCUUUGUUGAUGAACUGCUCCCGUCAGGUUUUUACUUGUCAUUAAUAGUAGUGGUUUUAAGGGAGUAUGUCUGACUUGAUGGCACAAGGAGGUGGUUUUCCUAUAAUCUUCCCAUAGGCCUGAAUCAGUAGAGACUGACACGUAUUAAUCCCAGCCUGUUUGCCGGUGCCAUGGAUCAAAUGGCUGUUUUGGGGAAAGAAGUCCUCAUUUGUGUAAAUACAUUAGAAUAUAAAUUAAGGGAAAGUACAACUCGUGCAAGCCGGAGUCACAGUACCUGAGCUAAAGGAUGACAAAGGGAACUUGGCCACAGCGCUGGGCCGUGACCAACCAAACAUCCUCUGCCCGUUUGUCAGAUUAGUUACUUUUAUCUGGACGGCGCCGUUGUGCAGUGUCCUGGCACCCCACACACACACACACACACACACACACACCUAUCAGAGUUAGCUUCUUUCCUGCAAUAUACAUUGUUUUAUUUCUUUUAUAAUUGUUGCCUUGUAAUGAGAGUUUGCUAUGAUGUAUCAUAGAGUUGAUAAUUAUAUUUGCACUUGAAUUGUUAUUGCUCAUGUAAAGAAAUGUCUGGAUUUUGUAUUGUCUUUUUAAAUGAAUGGAAUCGGUGUUAUUUCUUAUUUUCUUGUAAACUGCUCACUCACCGUUUAGUCCAUAGAGAUGAAACACAUAACAUUAUCAGCUGUAAAAAUAACUAUGUACAGAGAGGUCAAUGGAACAAGUUUGUACUUGUUACUGCCCCAAACACUUAUUAAAUAAACAUACUGUACUUCAGCUUCACUUCAAAGAAACUUUAAUGUCUGUAUGAUGAGGUUAUGUGCAAAUAAAAAAACAUUACUAGUGAA